UUGCUCUUUUUGCGGCCCUUUAGUUUUUUACAUGCACAACAGAACAAUUUACAACUUCUUAAAUACCCAUCACAACACUCUGUGCAAUUUAGAACUUGAUAAUAACUUCCUGCCAUGCCUAAAACCUUCCUUCAAUGGCUGAGCUUGGUGGGGGCAGUAUGGCUUCAAUCCAUAAAUGGAACGAACACAAAUUUCCCUGCUUACUCCUCCCAACUCAAAGCUCUUCUCUCCAUGUCCCAGCUCCAGCUCAACAAUCUUGCCUUCGCCUCAGACGCCGGCAAGCUUUUAGGUUGGAUUCCCGGCAUUGCAGCUGUUUAUUUGCCCCUUUGGCUUGUUCUCAUGAUUGGUGCCUUUCUUGGUUUGAUCGGUUACGGUUUGCAAUAUCUCUUCAUUACACACCAAAUCUCCUCUCUUUCAUACGGGUAUAUUUUUUUACUCACUGUUGUGGCAGGAAAUAGCAUUUGUUGGAUCAACACCGUUUGUUAUGUUGUAACCAUUAGAAACUUUCCAAUAAAUCGUCAAGUAGCUGUAGGAAUAACAACUAGUUACUUAGGAUUAAGUGCAAAAGUCUAUACCGAUAUUGUUGAUGGUUUAUAUUCUUCCCCAACAAAAAGAGCUAAAUCUUAUCUUCUUCUUAAUUCCAUCCUUCCUUUACUAGCUUGUGGCAUAGCUUGUCCCCUGAUUAGAGUUGUCAAAGUUGAAAAAAGUAAAAGAAUGAGAUAUGGGUUCAUUGUUAUGUUUGCGAUAACAAUAGUUACCGGAAUCUAUGCCAUUAUUGGUAGCUUCAAUUGGGUGACAAAAAUAUUAUCGCCACUCAAGAAUAUGAUUGGUAUGGUAGUGUGCCUAUUAGUCCCACUUGUUAUUCCAUUUGGAGAAAAGAUUAGAGAUGUUUUGGCGACAAAAUGGCGUAUAAAUGGGGAGCCAAAAGUGCAUAAUUCUACAAUAGAGGAGAAUAUGAGUGCGGUGAGUGUGGAGAAUGGAGUAAAGGAAGACGAAGGAGAUGUAACCGAGAUAGAUGUGAUGGAGGAAAUUGGGGUGAAUUCGAUGGUAAAGAGAGUAGAAUUUUGGUUGUAUUUUUUUGUUUAUUUAUUUGGUGCAACUCUUGGUCUUGUGUUUCUCAACAACUUAGGACAAAUAGCAGAGUCUCGUGGGUUCUCCAGCACUUCUUCCCUCGUGUCUCUAUCUUCUUCAUUCGGAUUCUUCGGCCGUCUCUUGCCAUCUCUUUGCGACUACUUUUUCUCAAGGAGCAAGUAUAUGAUUUCAAGCACAGGUUCAAUAGUGGCAUCAAUGGCUCCAAUGGCAGGAGCUUUCAUGUUACUUCUCAACAGAACGGACGUGGCUCUCUACAUAAGCACAGCCACCAUAGGUGUUUGUACAGGAGCAAUUACUUCCUUAUCGGUAGCCACAACCACCGAGCUGUUUGGAGCCAAGAAUUUCAGUUUGAACCAUAACGUUCUGGUGGCAAAUAUUCCGAUUGGCUCCUUUCUUUAUGGCUACCUGGCCGCCUUUGUUUAUCAUAGAGAAGGCAAUGGACAGGGCACAUGCAUUGGAAUGGAUUGCUAUAGAAAUACUUUCAUUUUCUGGGGGUUUCUUUGUUUCUUUGGGACUUUCCUAGCUUUAAUAUUAUAUUUCCGUACAAGAAAAUUCUACACACAGAGACAUAUCAGAAGAUAUACUAAUAUGGUAUAAAUAUUUUCUGAUGCAGGCACGGUAUUUCUAAAUUUUAUAAGGAGAAUAUACGCAUUUCUUUCUUUGUUUUUUUGGA